AUGAACGAUGUGGACGAAUUUGGGCGCUCGCCGCUCCAUUAUGCCAUACAUCACAACUCCCCGGAAAAGAUCGCAAGUCUACUUAGUCAUGGCGUCAACACCCACGAGGUUGACGGCCAUAGCCCACUUUCUUAUGCUGUUCAUAGGGGCGACGAAGAGUGUAUAAGAGAGAUUUUGGUGCAUUCGAAAACCCGAGAUCCUUCGCAUGAACUGGAGUUCAGCAACCAAACGGUUUUCCAUCCAGGGAAGAAGCUAGUGGUUGAAGUUCGGUGGGAGCUCCCUCGCUUAUUGGAAGACUUGUGGAACGAGGAUCCGGACAGGGACUUCAUGGAAUCAAUGCUCAAUCUCGUUACAAUUAUCGGAUCAGGCCAAAACUAUGACUGUUGCACUUGCGGAGAAUACCUUUCCAAAACUUGGCCUGAGUUUGGGACAUCGCUAUUCAGGCUUUUGAUAAAACGCAUGCUGAGUCCGGAAGGUGUACGAGAAAACCUUACCUUAUCGGUUGAGUUGGAAGAAAUAGAUGUGUGGCUGGCGACAAAAGACAACCUCAUCUUGUUGCUUCCCACUACCUGUCGGAAAAAAUCCGACAUCUGCAAGGCGAUAUGCUGGAUAUGCGCUGCCACUCGGUCAAAUCUAAAUUGCGUCGCACGGCCUGACAACAGGAGUUUGCAACUAUCAAAGGCUCCAAAAGGCAUUUGGAUUGGUGUAGAGUCUUCAGAGCUUGCUGUGAUUUCAUUCACCCUUGAGCCACUAGAAGACUUUCGAGUCGAUCCGACGUCUCUAAACGCAGCGUGUUGGGCGAGUCUCUUCAACACCGCGAUUGUUGUCGAAUAUCCCAUAAACAGAUCAUGGGGGCGCGGUUUAGAAAUGUCGUUUGACAUGAUGAUCCAUCUAGCGGCAGUUGAGAAUUAUUUUUGUUUGGAUGCUGGAAUCAUCCUUCUCGGCUAUUUCACUGCGCUGGUGCCUAUAGAGCAAAAACACGGCGGCCGGAGCAUACAAUGGCAUCUUGAGUUCGUGAAUGGCGCGGACGAUUGCUUGCAGGUCUCAAACCUAGCUUCGAUAAAAGGAGAAUGGUUUAAAACAAACGACACGUCAUUAUUGCGGGGGUCCAAAUGCUUCCUCGGUUGGUCAGAAUUUGCGAAUAUUGCACUUGGUACGCGGGCUUUCUGUGAACAAAACAAGUUCAGAGCUAGCUGCAAUACUUUAGAGCUUCGCCGAGUAGCUCGCGUAGAGAGCUUCGAGGCUGGGGUCGAGGCUGGCUUCACUCUUGGCCCAAUCCUCAGCCUGGCGCCGAAGGCAACACGUUCGUGGGUUUUCACACUCCACAGUUCAGCAUUUCGGUGCAUCUUCGAGCUAUAUGCAAGCUAUUAA